UUUAUAGCAUUACAGAGUAGAUAGAGAGCUUCACUCUUCACACUCUCUCUCGACUUCUUUCUCUCAUUUCAAUGGCUGUUUCAGCAUUUAAAAUGUUGGGUUUCUUGGUUGGUUUCUCUUUAAUGGUGGGUUUGGUUAAUUCAGCCAAGUUUGAUGAGCUCUUUCAACCAAGUUGGGCUCAAGAUCACUUGGCUUAUGAAGGAGAGCUUCUUAGGCUCAAACUUGAUAGUUAUUCUGGCGCUGGAUUUCAAUCUAAAAGCAAGUAUAUGUUUGGGAAAGUCACAGUCCAAAUUAAGCUUGUAGAGGGUGACUCUGCCGGGACUGUUACUGCUUUCUAUAUGUCAUCCGAAGGUACAAAUCACAAUGAGUUUGAUUUUGAGUUCCUUGGCAACACCACAGGUGAACCUUACUUGGUUCAAACCAAUGUGUAUGUUAAUGGUGUGGGUAAUAGAGAACAAAGAUUGAGCCUUUGGUUUGACCCUACCAAGGAUUUCCACUCUUACUCCAUCUUUUGGAACCAGCGGCAUGUUGUGUUUCUAGUGGAUGAUACCCCAAUUAGAUUGCACACCAAUAUGGAAAACAAAGGGAUUCCCUUUCCAAGGGACCAAGCUAUGGGCGUAUACAGCUCAAUAUGGAACGCAGACGAUUGGGCUACACAAGGUGGCCGUGUCAAGACUGAUUGGAGCCACGCACCCUUUGUUGCCUCCUACAAAGGAUUUGAAAUCAAUGCAUGUGAGUGUCCAGCAUCAAUAGCAGCAGAUGAUAACUCUAAGAAAUGUAGCAGUAGUGGUGAGAAGAGGUAUUGGUGGGAUGAGCCAACAUUGUCUGCGCUCAAUGUGCACCAGAGCCAUCAGCUUCUGUGGGUUAGGGCUAACCACAUGAUAUAUGACUACUGCAGUGACACUGCCAGGUUCCCAGCCACUCCUCUGGAGUGUCUGCACCAUCACCACCAGUAAUGUUAACAAGGGUUUAUGGGCAUGGAGGAAAGCGGAGGGCUUGGGGGGGUACUAUUGUAAAAAAGGAAUGGGAGAAGAAUGGAUUCAAAGUCGCAUCAGCAUGUACUCCAUGUUUGAUAUUUUGUUCAUGUAGUCCUCUUUCAGGUUGUAAGAUAGUGUGAAAGAUAAAUAUGAUUUGUAUUUUCUUUGUUUCUGUUGUAA